AUGACGGACGAACUUUCAGUUCAGUCAAACUACGUGGAUCAGCUAACAAAGAUGCUAAAUCAUACCAAGGAUGACAAGACAGCGCUACUUACAUUACACCGCUCGCUAGCAUCCAGCGACGACAAGGCUUUCGCGGAGUGUCUGGUGAAGAGGCCAGACAGAUGGACGAGCAUCUUUGCGGCAACAAGAGAACACACGGAAGACCAGGAAGUCGUUACGGCCGCAGACUUUUUCAUGGAAAGAGGCUCUUCGAUUUUGAGUGGUACCAACGACGAGGUAUUGGACCUUAAGAGCUUUUGCGGAGCAGUACACACACACUUGGUUGUUGACACAGUUGUGAGCCAACUGCUGUGGCGCCAGUGCGAUGCAGAGCUCGAAGCACAAGUCGUAAAGUCGAUCAGCGGUUUUCUGAAGUGCUUGAUGUUACUCAACGAAAGCGACCCCCAUUCAGCGAACGCGAUCAUGUGCGAUAGUUUCCUGACGCUUAAAUCGGGCGGAUACUUUACCAUCUUGACUACGGUACUUGAAAGUGGAGCCCAGUACAAAGGGGAUAUUGAGGAAAUAGCCCAUAGCUGUGUUAUGGAUCUUGCAACCAUGGACAGGUCUCUGAACUCUCGUAAUGUGGACAAAUUACCUAGCUCCCUCAUGAGGAGCAUGGUGGACCUUUUGGAUAAGCAUUUCAAAGUAAGUGAGUGGGAAAAAGAAAAAUAUCCUUCUGUUAACGAAGGUGGCAAACAGAUAUCCGAGCUUUCGUUAACCAAUGCAAUUGACAUGAUUACGUUUUCCACAGAUAGCAACCUUUCGUUUCGCAAAAAGUUUUUAGAGCGUUUACUUUUCGAAGACGAUGCUUUCCCAAUAAUCAAGGGCCUAUCUUGGCUUUCGGACCAAUUAUCAGAAUGCUUUAAUCAAUACUUCACUGAAAAAGACGUGUCUGUCUUUAUUAUGCAAUGUUUUUUGAACAAAGACAUAUUGAUUUUCAGCCUUGUGGAUAAGCUCAUGGAGCUCUGGAUUGAGUCAAAAGCUCAAAGUUUUGACGAUUUUAAAUCUGUCUUGGAAACCUUUAAAGUUGCCUUUUUCCAACAUGACUGUUUCCUUGGUGCAAAAGAACCUGAUGUUGGCUCAUGUUUGGUUAAUAUCAGGUCGCUCACUUAUACAGACCUCAGAAGUCUACAGCUGAAACAAAUAAGAACUACGCAUUACGAAAAAUGGGAAAAACAGAUUUCGCAAUUUGACUCUAUGCUUUCCAAUCAAGUUCUGGAGUAUGUGCGUCACCAGCGUCUCCUUCAAUUACAGAAAGGCUCUUGGGUUUAUAGCGAGAAUCCACUGGACCGCAGCGUAAAGCAACCAAAGGUUUACUUCGUUGUCCUCUCUGAUAACCAAAUGAAUCUUCUAGCCAGAGAAUUCAGAGCUAGAAGCGAAGAAAAUCCUACUGUUCAUGGAAACGAAAUAUAUAAUGCUACAGACGCAUCGGCUCCUAAAUCUAAAACCAUGGUCAUUCCUUUAAGGCGCGUGAAUAAAUUUCAGCAUUGGAGGGUUCAAUCUGAAAGCAAAGUUCCCGACAAUGCGAAGCUGAUUAAUAUUCUGAACAAAGCUGUAUACACAGAGAUCCACCUUUUAGAUAAAGAAGCAUCUGUUCUACUCAGAUUUUUUUUGGAUACCAAAGAAGCCUCCUAUAUCUGGCUAGAUGGUCUGCAGUUGAUAGUUGCUGCGGCGCUGGGCAAAAAACCUGCUCUGUCGGAUGACAUGAAGUCUCAAAUAGCCAAUCUUAUCGAUUUGAGGAAGAAUGUCCAAAUUAUAGGGUUGGACGAUAACGCGGAUUUAGAUUAUGAUGACGAAGGCUCCGAGGCCGAAGAGCAGUAUUAUGAUUUGAAAACGCUACAGAAUUUAACGGUGGAUUUUCACUACGAUUGA